UAAAACCAAAGAAGAAGAACACAGUAACUAGAUAGUUAAGCUUUCUGCCUUUGACAGUACUAGCAACAUCUAGCAGCGAACUAGCAUCUCCAGAGUUGCUGACUAACAGGUAACGUUAGCAGGUUGACAGCUAGCUAGCUAACUAGUUGAGCAACAGCUGUAACAGCCCGACGGCAACAACAAGAAGCCAGUAUGGACUCCUGGGUUCGGUUUAAUGCCCAGAGCCAAGCUAAGGAGAGGGUCAUCAGGGCUGCUCAGUAUGCCUGCACGUUGCUGGGCUACACUUUACAGAAGAGCGGGGCCGCGGCUGAACUUCACCAAACCAUCACUCAGCUGGAAGCACACAUGAGCCUAACAAGAAAGUUGCUGCGUCUGGGAAACUCUGUGGAGGCACUGGAGGCUGCUAAGAGGGCCAUCCACCUUUCUGACAGCGUGCUGAGGCUCUGCCUGACCAUCAGCCACCUCAACAGAGCCAUGUACUUUGCCUGUGACAACGUCCUGUGGGCCGGAAAGGCGGGCCUCAUCUCCAAACUGGACCAGCACAAAUGGAGUCAGAGAUCUUUCAGGUACUACCUCUUUGCUCUGAUCCUUAACCUGACUCGAGAUGUGUAUGAGAUCCGCCUCCUCAUCGAGAGAGAAGCGCGUUACAGAGACGCCAAAUCCUCACCCCAACACAGCCCCACCCUGCCCCCUGACUCCUCCACACCAGCUGCCAUCGGUCUGCCAGUCAUUUGGUUCAGAAGACAGCUCCACCUGCUGGUGACGGUGCUGUACAGCAACCCGCCGCUGCUGCUGGACCUGCUGAAGAACACUUGUGAUAUCUUCAUCCCACUGGACCGUCUGGGGAUUUCUCCAACAGGGCCCGGCUUUGUCGGGGCCUGCGGCCUGACCUCCUCCGUACUCUCCAUCCUCACCAUGCUCCACCCCUGGCUCAAACUCAAGCCAUGAACCCAGAUACACACUGAUAUCAUCUCGAACAGGUUGCAUCCAUGAGGAGUUUAUUCCCCUCUGCAACACAUACUGCCUGCAUUUUAUGAACUGAUCAAAGUCCCAGCUUCAUGCUUCAGGUGGAGGUUGUGAGGCAGCUGCAUGGACCCCCACAUUCACAUAAAGCUUGCCCUCAUCCAUGAUGUCUUUCUACAUAUCAGUCCUGCAUCUUCAUCUGCCAUUACUCAGUAGAGAUCUCAGUUCUUUCCAGGGAGAAUGAUGAAAAUACAAACUCAUUAUCUUGGUGGCCAACAAGGUGGGAACAAACCACAUGAGGCAGGUGUAAAAGAACUAAUAAAUGUUCCAGUAUAGUCUGUUACUGAGCGAGGAAGACAUCCUGCAUCAUCUUCUGAUUUGCCCAGCACAGGUACUAUUGGUAAAGUUAUCUGUUUUUAGAUGUAGUUUAAGAAGCACUAAACCUCACAGCUGGACCAGCAACUAACAGGCAACAAUAUACACGGAAUGUCUUCCCAACAACAAAGCAUGCAAGCCUUAGCUCGACCCCGGUGAGCUCCGCUCGUCCCCUGCAGCGACGACUGGGUCGCCGACCGGGCGCUGAGGUCAGUGCUGGCUUCACUUCCUGUAGGUUAACAAAUAAACACAGACAAACUCAACCUAUAUACUUCUUCAUUGCCAUCAUGUCGUUACAAAGUCAGCAGCACACCAUUUGCAUGCAACCGUAUCUCUCCUCUGACGGGCUCAUAUUAAAAUGACAGCCAUGAUAUUCGACUUUAAUGGAAGACACCUUUCUCAAUCCAAGUAAACUGAGUUUGUUUUUUCAACUUUCUACCUGUAUUAUUUCUAAUUGAGAGAUGCAGGAGCAUAACUCCAUACAAACUAACUGAACCAUGUGCAUUGCUGCACUGAUCUUAAGGAUUGGAUGGUCAGGUCUGCGACGCAGUGUUGCAUUCAUGAAGGAGUAUACCUCUGUCACCAAGUCACACCGCACCAUCGGUUAACCUCCUCCUGACGUCACAGCAGCUGGUUUGUCACUCAGUGGCAUCAAAGCGUUCUCUCGACUGCACAUUGACAGGAUUUACUCUUUGAAGAUAGUGAGCAGCUUUAUGGAUACAACAUGAGAAUCUCUUAUUGAAUGUUAUUAACAUUUAUGUUGAUAAAUAACAAUGUCUAAUGUGUAAGGGAGACAACAUGCUGUACAGAUUGUAUAGCCCCGUGAGGCACAUUUGUAAUUUGUGAUAAAUAAAAUGUGAUUUUAAAGUGUUUGGUCAAACAGUAAAUGAGUUGUGGUACCCGCUUGUUUUAUAUUAGAGUUAAAGGGACUUCAAACUGUUGCAACUGCAGAGCUGGUGAAGUAAUAUUUUAAGUGACUGCUAUGGUGGCCAGCAUCAUGUAAACCCUGGUGUUGCUGCCCCUUGAAAGAUAGAGUAGAACCCCGUCAUUCAUCCGGACUAGGGAUGUUCCAUACCAGGAAUCUAGAUUUCAAUGCCAAUACCAGCUAAAUAAUAUCUACUCAACAUCACUGUGAAGACAACUCCUGGACUUAUACAAGUUUCUCUCAACAUCAGUUUAUGUUCAUUUGCUCUCACGCCGAUUUCAACACAGAUUUGUUCUCAAUGUAACAUCUUCAGGGGAAAAUAUGAGUUGACCGUAAAUUUACUGCGUCGGGGCUUCCUAAUCUGUAGUGUACAGAACUGUGUUGGAUUUAUUUGUCCUUUUGCCUGACUGGAGUUUUGAUCUAAUGCCAGCUUUAUUUAAUAAAACAACAUUCCCGUCCCCCUUAUCACUUUUCAUCAGUAAACAUCUACAGUAUGUUGUCACUUGGGGACCCUGAUGUCCGACAGUAUCACCCGUCUACAUUCUUUUGUGCUGAGUUUUUAUGAUUUUGUGGAUUAUUAUUGUUGCUUUCAAUAAAGAGCAUGAGCUGGCUGGACUGUU